UAGUUUCCAUCUUUUGUGAACAGAUGGAGCCUCCCGGCUUUGAAGCCACGAACGUUACCGUGAAGCGCGCAGAGAGCGCUUACCCCUUAUGCGAGGAAUGGAAAGACGGCUCCGAGAGUUCGGUGUUCCACCUCGCCAACAUCUUUCUCUUCCUCGGCUUCAUGGGUGGCAGCGGCAUUUACGGACUCUUCUACGUGUUCACCUUCCUGACUCUGGGCUACUUGUGCGCCACUCUCUGGGCUUGGGCGGACUCAUGCAGCGCCACGGACGCGGUCCUGUGGUCUUUUGCGCUUUUGGCUGUAUGUUUGGGUCAGGUUGUCCACGCUGUCUACAGAAUCAGGAGCGUCUCGUUCGACAGGGAUUUCCAGGAGCUUUACAACUGUGUGUUUAAAAAGAUCGGAGUAUCACUCUCACAAUUUGGGAAAAUCGUUGCUUGUUGUGAAGGAGAUAUCCGCACCAUCAAGAAGGACAACUGCUUCGCCAUAGAAGGGAAGACUAACAUCGAUAAGCUGUCGCUGCUCAUGUCCGGCAGAAUCCGAGUGACUGUUAACGGCGAGUUUCUGCACUACAUCUACCCAUUCCAGUUUCUGGAUUCACCAGAAUGGGAUUCUCUCAGACCAUCAGAGGAGGGUGUAUUCCAGGUCACCCUAUCAGCUGAAAACCCUUGUACAUAUGUGUCGUGGAGGAGGAAGAAACUCUAUCUUCUUUUUGCUAAGCACCGCUAUAUAGCCAGGAUCUUUGCCCUGGUUGUGCGGAAUGACAUUGCAGAGAAACUGUACUCCCUUAACGACACGGCAUUCAACUGCUCCGGGUUUCGCUAUGAUAUCCGCUUACCGAGUUACUGUCACAUGCCUGGUACUGAAUUAGAAAAGUCAAAUGUCCCAAUGAAAGUCCCAGUGCAGAGUGAGAUGUCUGUCUGACUACACAAACACUACUGCAGGCCUGACACUUUCCUCACUGAGAAUAGGAAGAAGUAAUUUGCUUCUUUGUUGUUUUCAUCCAUUCAUUCACAAUAUUUACUUAUAAAUGUACAGUAGAAUAGGCAACAUGUUUUACAUGAUGGUAUCAUAAUUGUAUUACUGACUUUAAUGCCGAUGCUAACAGCCGAGGAGUUCCAGGGUCGUUAAUUUUUACAAGCGAGCCUACGUACUAUCACAAUUAUUUUAGAACGGUUUUAACGCAAUAUUUGUUUUUGGUGUAGAAAAUCUCAAAAUGACAACAGUUAUUCAUUUAACUAUUUAUUAUCCAAAAUAACUCCUUAAGUUUAUUUUAUUAUUUUGUGAAAUACUGAGAGACAGAUGAAACUUGAUGUACAUACUGUGCCUUAUUGUACAGUAUAAUUACCUUUACAG